AUGGAGUCCGGCUUUGCGAGUUUUGUGCGCAAGCUGCGGCGCACCAAACCCCUGGGUUCCAACGUGCUCGACACGUCGCUGAAGCGCUGCCUCUCCACCUUCGACAUCACGCUGCUGGGCGUCGGCCACAUGAUGGGCUCCGGCAUCUACGUGCUCACAGCCACGGUGGCCAAGUCCGUGGCCGGCCCGGCCAUCGUUGUAGCCUUCCUCAUCAGCGGCGUGGCGUCCCUGCUGGCAGCCUUCAGCUACGCCGAGUUCGGGGUGCGCUUCCCCAAGGCCGGCUCGGCCUACUCCUACACGUACCUGGCUGUCGGAGAGUUCUGGGCCUUCGUAGUCGGCUGGAACGUGGUCCUGGAGAACGUGAUCGGCCUCGCCGCCGUGGCCAGAGCCUGCAGCGCCUACAUCGACUCCCUGCUCGGCAACAUCAUGAAAUCCUGGUCGGAAGAGCACGUGGGUCGCAUCAACGUGCCCUUCUUCUCGGAAGAGCCGGACCUGUUUGCUUUCGUCAUUAUUCUGGCUUUUCUGAUAAUCAUGUCUGUGGGUGUUCGGGCCUCCACCCACAUCAACAACAUCUUUUCCAUGGUGAACAUCGGUGUGGCUCUGCUCGUGAUCGCCGUCGGAUCUUACUUUGCUAAUUUUGACAACUGGACCAAUCCGGAUACCGGUGGGUUUAUGCCAUUCGGCUGGCACGGGGUGCUCGCCGCGUCUGCGUCGUGCUUCUAUGCCUACGUCGGCUUCGACUCGAUAGCCUCGUCCGGGGAGGAAGCCAGAGACCCCCAGAAAUCGCUGCCCAUAGCGACGUUCGUGUCAAUGAGCAUCGUCACAGUCGUCUACGUGGCCAUCUCUGCCGUUCUCACGCUAAUGGUCAACUACAAGGACAUCACUAGCGAAUCCGGAUUGCCGGAUGCUCUAGCUGCCAAUGGAGCCACGUGGGCGAAGGUAAGCAUGCAACGCCAUCCUUGGCAUUUGCUGAAAUAUGGAAGCUUGGACGUUGUUCCUCGAAACGCACUGUCUUGA